AUGGAUCAAAAUCUACGCUUCAGCAUUUGGCAACAAGAGAAGCACAUUGGGACAAUGCAGACACUAGAUGUCAAGCACAUAGAGUUGUUUUUGUUGGAAGGAUACAAAAGUGGUAGCUGGGACUACAAAGAGAUUGGAUCUUAUCAAAUCAGGACACACUCUGAUGGAGCAACAGGGGCCAUUUUCCACAUUAUGCACCUAGAGGACCGGGCAACUGCAGAAGUGUCGAAUUUGAAGAAAUGGGCAGCAAAACCUAGUGAUUGGCAACCAAAGGCUCGAGUUGCUUGUCAUCGAGUAGCUGUCAACACCAAUCUUCAGCAAAAUGACGGACGUCAUGUUAGAUACCAUGCAAUGAGAGCUGGAGAAGAAGAUGAUAGUGAAGUUGUUUCCAUUAGAAUCUCUCAACAACUCCUUUAG